CACACAUCGAGGAUCGAGGAGAGGAGUCAAUAUUUUUGCAAAUUGGAGUGAAAAAGUGAAAAUUAUUGUUUUUUCUUUAAACCUUUGACUUGUAUGAGUUCUAUGAUUUUUGUAGACUGAGAAGACAACCUUGGUGGUAAAAAUAAGUGCCCCACCGAUGUUUUUAGAAGUGAAUAGUGAUCCAGUAUAGAGGAUCUCGGAGUAGGCUUGCUUGCGGGUGUGAUGAGCGUGCUGGGCGGCUAGGCCAUGGAGAACAUCCGCGCGUGGACGGAGGAGGACGAGGCCAUCAUCGCCACCAACACGGACGCCAGCGAGUGCAAGCGCGGCGCCGUGGAGCUCGGCUACUGGCGCGACGACUACGUGCAGUACUUCUCGCGCCGCGCCGACCGCCGCGCGCCCGAGAUCAACCGCGGCUACUUCGCCCGCGUGCGCGCCAUCGAGAUCCUCGUGCACCAGUUCCUAGAGAGAUGCGGCAGCAAGUGUCAGAUCAUCAGCCUGGGCUGUGGCUACGAUACUCUGUACUGGCGGCUGCGGGACUCCACGCGAGCCGUCGGGAACUAUGUGGAGCUUGACUUCCCCACAGUCACUGCUAAAAAGUGCCAGAUCAUUAAGAGGAAUAAAGCUUUGAUGGAGAAAAUUACAAAUGAAGACGGAGAGGUAGUGAUCCGCAGCGGGGACCUGCACGCCGACAACUACCACUUGGUGGGCUGCGACCUGCGCUGCGUUGCAGAGGUGCGUCGCAAGUUGUCGUCGGCAGGCGCGCUGGGCGGCGCGGGCGCGGCGGGCGCGGGCGCGGCGGGCGAGGGGCGCGGGGAGGCGCUGCCCACGCUGGUGCUGGCGGAGUGCGUGCUGGUGUACCUGCGGCCCGAGCCCGCCGCCGCGCUGCUGGCCGCGCUGUGCGCCGCGCUGCCCACCAGCAUGGUGAUCGUCUACGAGCAGUGCAACCUCGACGACAAGUUCGGAGAGGUGAUGGUGCGCAACCUGGAGUCGCGCGGGUGCCUGCUGGCGGGCGCGGCGGGCGCGCGGGGCGGGCCGGGCGCGGCGGCGGCGCGGCUGCGCGCGGCGGGCUGGGCGCGCGCGGCGGCGUGGGACAUGCGCGCGGUGUGGGCGGCGCUGCCGGCGGCGGAGCGCGCGCGCGCCGACCGCCUGGAGCCGCUGGACGAGCACGAGCUGCUGCAGCAGCUGCACGCGCACUACGCGCUGGGCGUGGCCGCGCGGGGGGCGCUGCUGGCGGACCUGGAGCUGGACGACCCCGCCGCGCUGCUCAGCGGGCCCGCCUCGUAGCCGCGCCGCCGGACUAGCGGUGUGGCUGCGGGCACGACACUUGCGAAGGCGAGGUGGGGCGGCGCGGAGCCCAAUCGCGCCGAUUGGUACACAACGCUAUGUUCUGCACCGUCGCUCCGCCCGUUGCAAGUUUCGUACCCGCAGACUUUUUAGACUUCAUCGGAAACCUUGUCCUUAACUGGCUUAGUUGAGAAUGUUAUCAAUUUGAUUCAAGUAAAAAGUUGUUCGUUAUUGGGUCUAUAUUCUUCGAAAAAGUUAAGCCAUUCAACACUAUCAUUCUGAGCACAUCCAUCUGAC